AAAAACAGCCAGCCCCACAAUAUAUCGUCACCAUCUUUCUGCAUUAAGCUUCAAAGUUCAAACUAUCAACUCUCCCCUCUUGCACAGUUGUGCACCCCCCUAUCAUAUGAAAAAAAUUUAAAAUACUCGUACUCCACUUCCUAUAAUGACUGCUUCCUCCCUAAUUUUCUUCCAUCCAUAAUCAUUUCUCUUCUCACAAACCCAGACAAACUCAUAAAAAUGGUAUUUACAAUUACAAACAACUCUUCAUCUUCUCCUCCACAACAACAACCACCCGAUGAUAUCUCCAUUUUCCUCCGCCAAAUCCUCCACGGUUCAUCUUCCUCUUCAUCACAACCUCAACCGUUCAUUUCUGCGCCUUCACCAUCUCCUCUCAUGAGGACGCAUGCACAGGAUCAACUCCCCUGUUUCGCCUCUCUUCUUCAGAACAUUCCUGCUUCUAACCGGCUUGCUGUCGACCGGAUCUCUCAUAAUAAUACUACCUUAAACGGCGUCAUUUUUCCUGUCCCUGCCGCUUCGAAUUUGUCGUCCGAGUCGUUAUCCAGUUCGGCUCAGUUACGAAGCUUCGAUAACAACGAUUAUGCUGAAGAUAACGAAUGCGAAAGCGAGGAAGGGAAUGACGUGGCGGUGGGAGAGGAGGAGGAGACGAAACAACAGCAGUUGCGAAAUCAGUCUAAGAGAAGCAGAGCUGCUGAAGUUCAUAAUUUAUCCGAAAAGAGGAGGAGAAGCAAGAUCAAUGAGAAGAUGAAAGCGUUGCAGAAUUUAAUCCCCAACUCAAACAAGACGGAUAAGGCUUCAAUGCUGGAUGAAGCGAUAGAGUAUUUGAAGCAGCUACAGUUGCAGGUUCAGAUGCUAUCAAUGAGAAGUGGAUUGAAUUUGCACCCUAUGUCUCUACCUGAAGGACAAGAGAUUUUGCACCCUUCUCAGAUUUUUCAAAUGGGGAGUGAUGAUUAUGAUAAUGACGGUGGUGGUUCCUAUGAUCUUAACAUGACAAAUACACUAAACACAAUACCAGAAACAUCAAAUACUAUGUUGAAUCUGCCCAACCAGUGUACUUCCUCGGUGAGGCCCUCUUUACCGGCUCUUCCUAGCAAAACCGAUGUCGAGGCCAUGUCGUUUGGACUCGAAUCUUGUGUUCCUGCUAAUUUUCACCCGUUGCAACUUCGUAACUCUGCACAGGAAAGAAGCAUGCCUCAUGACAAUAUUGCGACAAACUCUUUAGUCACAACUUCUACGAGGCUAGGACACAACUCUGUUGACGAAUGGAUGCAUCAAAAACAUGGAUCGACUAUUCUUGAGAGUAACUCGGGACAGAAUCAUCUGAUUUCCAGUAACUUUAGCGGGCUGUUAGGAUCAACUAGUGGUGCCCAAAUGACAAGAUAAACCAGUCCAGCAUGACAACCUUAGUCGUCUUAGCUAGGUUCCGUACUCCGUAUGUAUUUAACUCCCCUCUGUUCCUGUUGAUAGUUAGCCUGUUACUACCAAUAUUGAUGAUAGAGUUUGAUAAGAGAAUCGAAUCUCUCUUUCGUUCACUACCACCUUAAUUAAUGUAAUCUUUUGGGUUAGUCUGAAUAUUUCUUUAAUCCUGUUUAAGGAAAUACAUUAUGAUUUAUGUCACAUGAUGCACACUGAUAAUGUGAUUAACCUUUUGUUC